AGUCCAGAAAUCUGGAACGAGCGACCUCAAUCCCUAAUCCAAAAUGCACUGCCGGUGCCUGUACAUUCUCACAACGAUUACCUCCAACGCAUUCCUCUCUGGGAAGCUUUAGGAUCAGGCUGCAUCAGCGUAGAAGCAGACGUCCAUCUCAAAAACUCUGAUUUGCUGGUCGGUCACAAGUCUUGGGGACUAGAAAAGACCAAAACCUUGAGAGCAAUGUACCUGGAUCCACUGCAAAAACUCAUCGCCUUGCGAAACAAAAACAUCAGCAGAAAAGGAAAAGACUGGAAAGGCAUUUUCGACAAAGCACCCCAGCAGAGCAUUGUUUUGCUCGUCGAUCUCAAAACCUCGGCCGAAGAAACUUUUGCAGAGUUGGACGCUCAACUACAACCUCUUCGCAAUCUCAACUUCCUCACCCACUGGAACGGUACGCACAGAGUAGUACGGCCUUUGACUAUCGUCGCGAGUGGCAAUACCCUCUUCACUUCAAUCCUCAGUCUCAACUCUUCCCAUCGCGACAUCUUCUUCGACGCAGAAGCCACAAGACUAGUGAGUCAAGGUGACGAUUGGACAAACGCUCCAGCUCCGAUGUUCAAGUUCAACGUGUCAAACUCAUACUACGCAUCUACAAAACAAGAAAAGGCUCUGGUGGAUGGUAGCAAUCCUCAAUUUGCGGAUGCCAUGGAGAGUCAGUUGAAGCAAGCAAAGGUCAGGGGGUUGGUGACGAGGUAUUGGGAUGUACCGACGCAGAAGAACAAGCAAGAAGGUUUGUGGCGGUGGUUGAUGGACAAUGAAGUUGGUGUGUUGAAUAUGGAUGACAUGGGUGUUGUCAGAGACAGAGCAAGAGGAUGGUCAAGUCUCAUGUCGAGGAGCGAUUAA